AGGCAGGAGUGGGCGGAGCUAUACAUGCUGAAGAAGGAUGGACAUUCCCUUAGAGAGGGCAGUGGAGGGAGGCAGACUGGGCACACAGGCCUCUGUUAGGGCAGGGAACAAGGCACACAGACCCGGGGAACUGGUUCCACUUGGCCGCUGGUUAUGAAUGAGAUCUUCCCCCUGUGUGUGCCACCGGAGCCCUCCAUCGCUCGCCUAUCGCAGCGCAGCCUCCCCUAUGCUUGGAUAAUCCCGCACAGCUGCUCUCCUCCAGCACCGGGGACUUUGUGAAGGAAGCGGCCAGCCUCCCGGAGCAGAUAGCGCAGCUCACCAUGGUCUGGCUCCCCCCAGGCACUAGGAGCCCGUUACAGUUGUGCCGUUCCGUGGGGCUUAUUGUGCUCUCCUUGCUCUGGAUUGUGUGUGCGGUGGGCGCAGGGGAGCAGGGUUUCAGCGCAGAGAUGUGGUUACAAAAAUAUGGCUACCUUCCACCAACUGACCCCAGAAUGUCGGUACUGCGAUCUGCAGAGACCAUGCAAUCCGCUAUAGCUGCCAUGCAGCAAUUCUAUGGGAUCAAUGCUACUGGGAAGAUUGACAAAAACACAAUUGAUGAGAUCACAUUGAGUUGGAUGAAAAAACCUCGGUGUGGAGUGCGUGAUCAAGCAGGACCUAUUUCCAGAUUUAAUGUCCGACGGAAACGAUAUGCCUUAACGGGACAGAAGUGGCAUCACAAACAUAUCACCUACAGUAUAAAGAACGUCACUCCAAAAGUAGGAGAUUCGGAAACCCGUAAAGCCAUUCGCCGUGCCUUUGAUGUCUGGCAGAAUGUAACUCCGCUGACAUUUGAAGAAGUUCCAUACUGUGAAUUAGAAAAUGGCAAACGGGACGUAGACAUCACUAUUAUUUUUGCAUCAGGUUUUCACGGGGACAGUUCUCCAUUUGAUGGAGAGGGGGGAUUUCUGGCACAUGCUUACUUCCCAGGACCUGGAAUUGGGGGAGACACACAUUUUGACUCGGAUGAACCAUGGACCUUAGGAAAUCCUAAUCACGAUGGAAAUGACCUGUUUCUAGUUGCAGUCCAUGAAUUGGGUCACGCAUUAGGCCUAGAACAUUCCAAUGACCCCACGGCGAUUAUGGCUCCAUUUUAUCAGUACAUGGAAACAGACAACUUCAAGCUACCUACUGAUGACUUACAAGGAAUUCAGAAAAUUUACGGUCCACCAGAAAAGGCCCCAGCACCAACAAAACCCCUUCCUACUGUGCCACCACACCGCUCUGUUCCUCCAGUAGACCCUCGCAAGAAUGAUAGACAACCUAAACCACCCAGGCCUCCUACUGGAGACAAGCCAUCUUACCCCGGAGCCAAGCCCAACAUCUGCGAUGGGAAUUUUAAUACACUCGCAAUCCUACGCCGAGAGAUGUUUGUUUUUAAGGAUCAAUGGUUCUGGCGGGUAAGAAACAACAAGGUUAUGGAUGGCUAUCCUAUGCAGAUCACCUAUUUCUGGAGGGGACUGCCUCCUGGCAUUGAUGCAGUGUAUGAGAACCGCGAGGGGAACUUUGUCUUUUUUAAAGGUAAUAAAUAUUGGAUUUUUAAAGAUACAACCCUUCAGCCUGGGUACCCUUAUGAUUUGAUGCACUUGGGCCACGGCAUUCCGCCUCAUGGCAUUGAUACUGCUGUUUGGUGGGAAGAUGUUGGGAAGACAUACUUCUUCAAAGGUGACCGGUAUUGGCGAUACAAUGAGGAAAUGAGAGUAAUGGAUCCUGGCUAUCCAAAGCUAAUCACAGUAUGGAAAGGCAUUCCAGAGUCACCACAAGGAGCCUUUGUUGACAAAGAAAAUGGCUUUACAUAUUUUUAUAAAGGAAAGGAAUACUGGAAAUUCCAGAAUCUGAAUCUCCGGGUAGAACCUGGUUACCCGAGAUCGAUCCUUAAGGAUUUCAUGGGAUGUGAUGGCUCCACUGAUGGAGACAAAGAAAGAACCAGUCCCCAAGAUGAUGUAGACAUUGUCAUCAAGCUGGACAACACAGCCAGCACUGUGAAAGCCAUAGCCAUUGUAAUCCCAUGUAUAUUGGCCUUGUGCCUUCUUGUAUUGGUUUACACUGUGUUUCAGAUCAAAAGGAAAGGAACACCCCGCCACAUACUUUACUGUAAACGGUCUAUGCAAGAGUGGGUGUGAUGUAGGGUUUCUUUCAUUGAAGUUACUUGAGGUUCCACAUGAGAGCUAUUAUGCUGUUCCCUAGCUAGAAGCAGGCAUCUGUGAUCCAGGCUCAUGGUCGAUCUUAAAAACCACAAGCGGUUUGGUGUCCUGCACUCGAGUGGGGAUUCAAUCAUCUGGGAAGCUUCCAUGAAAUACAGUUUCUGCUGUUCCUCCAGUCCUUUGUAUUUCUUUGUCAUUCACUUUUAGGCCUUUCCUCUGCACGUCGAAUGCUCAGUUUACUCUCAGUAGUAAACGCAAAGAGGAGAAUAAAUUUAACAGCGAUAAUAAAGUUUGAUUUUCGUUCGGGAAAAAAAAAAAAACAGAUCCUCUUUGAAAAGAUAAGUGCAAAAAAUCCUGAAGCAAGAAAAAAAUAUCAGCCAGUAUUCAUAUUCAGGAGCGUGUGAAGACCCAAAACAGCUUUGUUUCCAAAGAGGAUUGAAUUUGUGUCUGCUGUGGAUAGAUGCCCACAUAGGAAGUUGUGGGAGAGCAAUUUCACACAGGACCUUUAGACUGUUUGGACUUUUCCAACAAACAAGGGGCCAAAAUAUCUGCAAUAUAGUAAACAGCCUUAAUGAUACAUCCAUUUGUGUUUUAUACAACUUUUUUGAGCUUUGUCUAAAUGUUUUAACACAUUUAUAGUCAUUAAUAUACUGAAAAAAGGAAAACUUUUUUUUUUUCUGUUUGAUUUUGUUUUGCUUUCACUGUGCAUCAUUAUAUUUUAUCAUGCUGUAUCCAACUGCCUGGGGCCCUUAGCCGGUCUGUCAGGAACACUCAUUUAAAGCCUGGCAGGAAGCAGUAUGUGUCUGAAGUGGAUUGCAAUGAGCUGCAAAAUGGCAGUCCUGUUGUGAAGAAAAUUGCUACAUGUAUUCCAUUUUUGGUAACCCUUUGAGCACUAUUGUGCCAGUUUUCCAGAUUCUAAUGAAAUCCAUUCUCCUGCCACUAAAAUAAACAAAUGUUUAUUUUCCUCCCGCAACAAGUAAAUGGCGGUUAAAACAAAAGCAACUGUUUCCAACUUGUUUGGCGGCGAGACAAAACAAAAACGUUUCAUGCAAUUAUCAAUAUAAAAGGCAAUGUUUUGGAUGCCGAAAAAUUUGUUUUAAAUGGACUCUUUCAUACAGCAGAAGGAUGUGCUGUAUGCUCGGUGACUGCACGACUAAAUGAAUUGCCUACAUCUCCAGUGGUACGCCCCAAAAUAGCUAUCCCGGCUCAUUAUGCCUCCAUCUUGCAUGUCUACAGUAGUCCUCAAAGGGUGAGAUAGAGCUCUGGCUUGUAGUAUUGCAUCUGAGGCAGCAACGUGCAGUAGUCUGAGGAGCACCAAAGCAUUUAUUGUCAAGUGUAUUAUGUAAUGGAAGUGCUGUUGACAUUUUUCACGUGACCUGCAAAGCUAGGUCUAUUUUUUGUUUCCUAGAGAAAAGUCAGCAACUGACAGAACUCUGUAUUGAAUUUUAAAUAACUGCUUUUUGCGGUUCUAUGCUUUUUACAGGCACUGUGCUUUAACUAUAGAAAGAAGUCAAAGUAUCUGCGUCCCCUUCCAAGUGGUUUUCCCCUGAUUUUUUUAUUCCUCAAUGAAUGUCAGCGUUAAGGUGGAAAAAAAAUACCUAGCUUGGAUAUGUUUGCCUUUACCAUAACAUUUUACUGCUGCAAGGCACAUUGCAGGACGCAGCCCUCUGGAGCCCUUAGAAAGUAAAUAUUGCUCAGUCAGCUGUCAUUACUAAGGUUAACGGUGAAUUUUAUGACCAGCUUGCUUCAGUUAAUAAGAGCCCUGUUCUACACGCUCCAACCCUUUGACCUUUAACUUGUAAAAUAUCCUUAGAUGGGAAAACUGCUUUCAUGAAAUAAAAUGUAUGAAAAUGUUUCAUAUUAAGGACCUAUUAUUGUAGAUAGGCAUUCAAAUAGAUUUGUAUUUUCGCAAAUAAAUACAUUGCCCCAAAGUGAAACUAUAUACUUAGUGACAUAUGGUGAGUUCCAAAUCCUACAAUUAUUAUAUUUACAGAAAAAAUGCCACUGUCGUCAUUUGUCAUUUCAGAUAGAACAUCUUGAUUGUCAUCACCAGAAAGGACUUUUUCAAAUAAAAUAUUUUCACAUAAAAUGUAUUAAUUCUCAUCGCUAGGCAGAAAUUGAAAUUUCAAAUUAAAUAUUUUCGAAAAAAGUUUAUUGAUUCUAAUCACCAGACAGAAUUUCAAAUCAAAUAUUUUCACAUACAAUGUGUUCAUUCUCAUUGCCAGACAGAACAUAACAUUUCAACUACAAUUUUACUGAUUCUCAUUAGUGAUGAGCGAAUCUGUCCUGUUUCGCUUUGGCAAAAAAUUCUCAAAUCUUUUAAAAGACAAUUUUUUGACGUGGGCAACAAUUUUUGACGAGUGGUGAAUUUUUCCACAAGAAAUUUUGUGGUCCGUUUUGCAAAAAAAUGGCAAAGCGUGAAAUUCGCCCAUCACUAAAUCUCAUCACCAGACAUAACUUGAAAUUUCAAAUUAAUUAUUUUUGAAAAAAAACUUUAUUGAUUCUCAUCUCCAGACAGAACUUGAAAUUUCAAAUUAAAUAUUUUCGAAAAACUUUAUUGAUUCUCAUCUCCAGACAUAACUUGAAAUUUCAAAUGAAAUAUUUUCGAAAAAAACUUUAUUGAUUCUCAUCUCCAGAUAGAACAUGAAAUUGAAAUUAAAUAUUUUCGAAAAAAACUUUAUUGAUUCUCAUCUCCAGACAGAACUUGAAAUUUCAAAUUAAAUAUUUUCAAAAAAACUUUAUUGAUUCUCAUCUCCAGACAGAACUUGAGAUUUCAAAUUAAAUAUUUUCAAAAAAACUUUAUUGAUUCUCAUCUCCAGACAGAACUUGAAAUUUCAAAUUAAAUAUUUUCAAAAAAACUUUAUUGAUUCUCAUCUCUAAACAGGACAUAAAAUUUCAAAUACAGUUUUACCGAUUCUCAUCACCAGACAGUACUUGAAAUUUCAAAUUAAAUAUUUUUUAAAUAUAGUUUUAUUGAUUCUCAUCACCAGAUAAAACGUGAAUUUUCAAAUCUAAUUUUUGGCCAAUAAUAUAUAUUAUAUUUCCAUCUCCAGCUUAAGACUGGUUGAAAGGUACAGUACAUUGCUGAUGCUUAGGUAUAAUAUAUUUUAGUUUUAUCACAAUUUCUGUCUGAAUUGUUUUACACAGCAAUUGUAAAAUUCCCUAGUAUAUUUUAGACAGUAUCUGCAGUAUUGAAAUAAAAAGGGAAUGAAGAGAGGCCGGAGGUUUUAUAUGAAUGCCAUUAUUAAAUCUCGACUUUAAAAGCCCUGAACUUAUUGCCUAAUAAAUCAUGGAACAAUAAAAAAUGUCUACAUUUACAGUAUAACAAUUGUGGAUAUUGUGCGCAUUACAAAGUCUUACAAAUAGAAACUAUUUUAGGAACGGUUUAACGUUGGAGCAAUGUGAUAAAUAACGAUCUUUAUCUCUGUUUAAGGGUUGUAGAACAAUGGAACUGAAAUGAUCUUUUAGAAAGGUCUUCUGGGCUAGAGUAAAUACAAUAAACAAUAUAUAUUGGCUAUUUUAGAUGUUAUUACAUAGAAGUCAGGCUAUAAGGUAUCAAAUGUACUGUUAAUGUAGAGGAAUAUAAGGAAAAUAUGUAUAAAAGAAUUAUUUUGUUGUUAAAGAAUUUAUUCCUGAAAAAGAAAAACAGUAUUUGGAUAGUCAGGGCAUGUACAAACUCUUUGGAGGUUUUGGGUUAAAUUACAACUUACAGUAUGAAACUGAAGGGACAAUAUCUAGUAUAACUGAGUUGAACUGAAGAAGCUGCUUGGAUGAGUAGUGAAACGUCUUCAAUGAUUACUUAACAAGUCCAGUUGCUUCAAAUUUAUUUAUACUAGAUAUACCAUGACCUGGAUGAAUGAAAAUCUUCAUAGACAUGAAGGGACAAUGUUUGGACAACUGUCUGUUUCAUUGUAAUGUAAAGACAUGAGAAGUAUCUGAGUGUUAGAAAGUUACAAUAUAAUGAGCUAAAUGUGUUAGCGGAAGGGUUUAACUGUGUUUGUAGUGUUCCAAACUGGCCAGAUCAUUCGUUUUCCUGUAUCAGCUCUAAUGUUCUUUUUAACCUUAACCACCUAGCAGCCCGGCGGUUCUAUUACUCUCUCUGUUCCUGACAAACACAAAGCUUGUUUGUGUGCAAAGCUGAAUUGGUGCUAAGGUGACUUAUGACUGUAUAAACGGACUGGGUGCAUGUCUGCGGUGCUUAGAGCCACUCCAGUUACAUUGGGAUUUUUUAUUAAAGCUUAAAAAGAACAAUAUUUUAUUCACACAUAUUUUAAUACCAAAAGAAUCACUGCACAGGGCAGUUAAAAAACAGAGGGGGUUAACAUAAUAUCCAGACUUAAACAAGGAUGGCUGUUACCAUUUAUUAGCAUUAAAGGUCAAGGGGUUAUAAAUAAUGUUGCUCUGUUCAUACGUUACUUACCAGAGAAUGUUAGCAUUUCCAAUCUUACGUUUACAAUGGGAUUUUUAAAGGAACGGUGUCACAUUAUAAAAUGAGACUGGGACACUUUUUACUGCACGGGUGAAAGCGUUGCAGUGAGCUGUUUCUAUUUAUUAAUUGCUAUUUAUUUUUUAAGGAGGGCUGUCUGGGGUGGGGCAGUUGUCUGCUGUAAGUGUCUUAAAUGGGCAAUAUCCAGCUCGGCUCAACAUUGUUUUCAAUUAGAGAUAUCUAGGUUUUUUUCUUUCUGGCACCGACAAGGGCAGAACAAUGAUAUUGAAAGUAGAUUUAUUCUGCAACUUGUUUGGCUCCUUAGAGCAAUUGUGAGAUGAGAAGAAGGCAGUUAAAGGAGAAGGAAAGUCAUUUUGGCAUUUUACUGCCAAUACAUUCGCCACAUUAGUGCCACCUAGAACGCUAUAUUUAUUCUGCUGAAAGCUUUACUAUACCUGAGUAAACUGCCCUAGAAGCUCCCUCUCACAGCAGCUGCCAUUUUAGCUUCCUAGUCUUGGCAGCUUCCUACUGCAGUUAUAGCCCUUGGAAGCUCCUUAGGGAAGGGGGGAGUGAGUUCUUAUGGGAGAGGGGAGCAGGAGAAGGGAGGGAGAGAGGAGAGAACUGAGCAGACUCGUGCCCAAACCUGAAGGAGCCCUAAAAGAAAGGAAGUCUGAUACAGAAGAACAUGUUUCAAAAAAGAAGACAAUAAAUCCUGUGUUUCUUUUGAUAGAGGAUAGUGAUAGUGCAGCGUUUCUGUAAGUGCUUAUGGCUGUAUUUACAUAGACCUUUCUGAUGAAGCUUACUUAGUUUUUACCUUUCCUUCUCCUUUAAUGAAUUUAUCAGUAGCACAUUUACAUCAUGAACAUCUCCUUAUCUGAAAGCCUAAGAUGCAGGUAGGGGAGAGAUUAUGUCCCUAUGUAAGCCCUGAUUACAAUGAGGUUGCAAGGAUACGUUUAAAAAUAACUUCAAAAAAUAAAACUACAUUUUUGAAACAAUAUUUUGCUCAUGUUGAAUACAGAUGUGUAUUGCCCCUUUAAAUUAGGGAUUGGGUCCAAUGGCUUUUUAUACUAUUGCAUCUCAUGUAAUGACAUUGUUUUAUUGUGUUGUAAUUAAAAUGCAAAUAAACCAAUAAAUAGCAGGCAAGAUACUUCUAA